AUGAGCUUGCCAUAUGCCACUCCAUUCUACAGUCAGAAUGGAACAAUCCAAGUGCUACUGCAAGGCAUUAACUUUGGUUCAGCAUUAGCUACAAUCAUAAACCCCAAAAGGCAAAGCCACCAGUCCCUUAACCAACAGCUCCGCCAGGCGUUUGAGACAGUUCAGCUAUUAGAGCUUCUGCUUGGACAAGAUAGUGCCAACCAUUUCAUCCAGUCUUCUCUUUUCUACCUCUCUUUUGGUAAAGAUGACUACAUAAGGCACUUCCUUGAUAAUUCAUCUGGCAUAAGUCUCAAGUACAAUGGUCAAUCCUUUGCUAAGAUUUUAGUUAACCAGAUGGGAAAUGCUAUACGGGACCUCUAUGACGUGAAUGUGAGGAAGAUUGUGUGCUUGGGAAUAUUGCCUUUGGGAUGUGCACCGCGUAUACUGUGGGAGAGGCAUAAUGACACGAUUGGAGCUGGUAACAGGGGUUGUGAGGAUGAGAUCAACAAGCUAGUUUUGCAGUACAACACAAUGCUAGAAGAGCAGAUUAUUGAUCUUAAUGCAGAGUUGUCUGGUGCACAUAUAAUUUUCUGUGAUGUAUACCGGGGCAUCAUGGAAAUCAUCACUAACCCUGAAGUCUAUGGAUUUGAGGAUGUGAGGAAUGCCUGUUGUGGUCUUGGUACAUAUGGGGGAGAGAGUGGGUGCCUCUCCACAGACAUGGCCUGCGACCAAGCUUCAACUCAUCUCUGGUGGGAUUUAUACAACCCUUCCCAAGCUGUCAACUCCUUGCUAGCCGACUCGGCCUGGUCUGGCCAACGAAUACCCGCCAUUUGCCGCCCUUUUACUGUCCAAAAACUGGUAUCUUAUAAAUGA